AGCUCCCAGAGUGCACCACCCCGAGAUCUAGCCUCCGCCAAUCAGGUGAUUCGGGUCAGGUGACCUCCGGCCCGCCCCCAUACAAAGUCAAGCUGGCUGGGGAAGUGCACACAUUGCGAAGCGGCGCCUGGCCUGAGGUUCCUGCGUCCGGUGUGGUCAGUCCCCCGAGCCUAGGAGAGUCUCAGGUGUCUCAGCCUUUGAGGCUGGGGGACUUUUGCUGACCAAGAGCUUCUCAGUUCGGAUUCCACUCCUGCCAAAUGAGAGAGGAGCUGGUUAGACCUGAUUCUGCAUCUGCCCAGGAGAAAACUGCCGCUAUCCUGGGGAACAAACUGAAUCCUUAACUUGAGGGCACAAGGCUGAGUUCUCUGGAAUCAAGAAACAUGAUGAGGGGUUGGCUGAUUGUUUUUAUCCUUUUCCCCCUGGAGCUUGUAGAAAAAUGUGAGUCGACCUUGCACCUCAGUGUUCCUCCGAUCGUGAGGCUUGAAAAUGGCAGCUCAACCAAUGUCAGCAUCGCCCUUCGGCAUCCAUUAAAUGCAACCUUGGUGAUCACUUUUGAAAUCACAUUUCGUUCAAAAAACAUCACUAUCCUUGAGCUCCCUGAUGAAGUUGUAGUGCUUCCCGGAGCAACAAAUUCCUCUUUUCAAGUGAUGUCUCGAAAUGUUGGACAAGUCACUGUUUAUCUGCACACAAAUCAUUCCAACCAGACCGGCCCGCGGAUACGCUUCUUGGUGAUCCAUAGCAACAUCGUUAGCAUCAUAAACCAGGUGAUCGGCUGGAUCUACUUUGUGGCCUGGUCCAUCUCCUUCUACCCUCAGGUGUUCAAGAACUGGAGGCGGAAAAGUGUCGUCGGCCUGAGCUUCGACUUUGUGGCCCUGAACCUGCUGGGCUUCAUGGCCUACAGCGUGUUCAAUGUCGGCCUCCUCUGGGUGCCCUUCAUCAAGGAGCAGUUUCUCCACAAAUACCCCAAUGGAGUGAACCCCGUGGACAAUAAUGACGUUUUCUUCAGCCUGCACGCCGUCGUCCUCACCCUGGUCGUCAUCCUACAGUGCUUCCUAUACGAGCGAGGCGCCCAGCGUGUGUCCUGGCCUGCCAUCGGGUUCCUGGUGCUCUCCUGCCUCUUUGCGCUCAUCACCAUGGUGUUGGCUACAGUCGGGGUGACCACUUGGCUGCAGUUUCUUUUCUGCUUCUCCUACAUCAAGCUCGCAGUCACGCUGCUCAAGUACUUCCCACAGGCCUACAUGAACUUUUACUACAAAAGCACCGAGGGCUGGAGCAUUGGCAAUGUGCUCCUGGACUUCAUUGGGGGCAGCUUCAGCCUCCUGCAGAUGUUCCUCCAGUCCUAUAACAAUGACCAGUGGACACUGAUCUUUGGGGACCCAACCAAGUUUGGACUCGGAGUCUUCUCCAUCUUCUUUGAUAUUGUCUUCUUCGUCCAGCACUUCUGCUUGUACAGGAAGAAACCAGGGCUUCAGGCAGCACACACAGGUUCCGACAGCGGUCCCAGGCAGGAUUGGGCACUGAGCUUGGAGCCGGAGGCCUUGCCCCAAACAACCAGUGUUUCUGGGAGCAGCCUGAAUGGCUGACCUUGCAGCCAGGAGAGCCAAGGGCACCUUGCUGCUACUGCUGUGUUCCCCAAGAGCAAGUGGCCAGAUGCUGUGGCCGGUGGACCCUGAGGUGCUGGUGCUGGUGGUGGACGGGCUAGGACUUUGGGGUUAGGCCUGGGGUCCUUCCUCUGAAGGCCACUUUCUCUGAGCAUUCACAUUCCUGACAUGCACUCUGUCUGCGUAACUCGGCUUCAUGACUGCAGCAGCAGGUGGCCCAGGCCAGGGCCUGGUAAAGAUAGUAUUUCUCAGCCCUGAGGUGCCCACCAGAUUCGUUCUGGACUGGACUCAUGCCCAGCGCCCUCUGGGUCUUUAUCACACAGGGUCAGAUUAUCAUACUAACCCUUUCUGAGUUCUGGGAGGGCUAUUUUGGAAGUCAGUGGCUUACUUUCUCCUGCCCUCUCUGCCUACCUCCAGUUCCCCAGAGUGGGGACCAGGGACCACUGGAGCCCCUCCUGCUCCUUACCCUAUGUCUGGAAUGCAGGGCACACACACUACCAGACAGUGCCUUAGAGACCUGUCAGACCUGCCAAAGGUAGGCAGAGGCAGGCCCCCCACCAUCACUUUCCCAGACCCCUAUCUGAGGCGCAUCAAUUUUGUUCGCUGCUCAGGGACCUCAGAUAAGGACUUGAGACCACCUCACACAAUCUUCAGGGCCCAGCCCUGAUCCCAAGCCUCCUGCCUUCCCACCCAAGCCCUCGUGCCUCCUGGGGCAGGGCACGGGCGAAGGGGAGGGGGUGGCCAGGGUGUGCCUUGUACUUGCCUUGAGUUUCUAUUGCAUGCUCAGACUUUUUUAUUACAAGGUCAGUGUGAAGGGUCUGUAUCCUUAAUUAAAGCUUGGCUUGCUUCCUUUCUUCUCGCUCUGAA